AUGGGGCUGGGUCCGCGCUCCCCGCACAGGCCCGGGCGCCGGUGCCCAGCCGGUGGCAAACGAGGGCGCGGGGCCACGGGGUCGGGUGCCGCCCCCCCAGGCCGCGAGCGACAACCCCGCCCGCCUCCGGACCGGCGCCCGGAGCCGGCAGUGGAUGCGCACCCUCACCUGAGCCCCGAAGCUUUGGGGUAUUUCCGCCGCGCGCUCUCGGCGCUGAAAGAAGCUCCUGAGACGGGGGAAGAGAGGGAGUUGAUGGUCCAGAAUGUACUGAAGGAAGUGAAGGGUCAGGCCCUAGCCUUGGCCACUAACAGGACUGGCAGUGAAAUGCUCCAAGAACUGUUGGGGUUCAGUCCCUUGAAACCGUUCUGUCGAAUAUGGGCUGCUCUGCACCCCAACGUGCGCUUUGUGGCCUGCCAUCGGUGUGGGGUCCAUGUGAUGCAAAGUGCUUUGCUGCAGCUGCCCCGCCUAUUGGGGAGGCAGGAGGAGGAGGCGCAGAGAGAGGAGGAGGAGCAGGACGACGACGACGACGACGACGGCGGGGAGGAUGGUCCCCCUGAGACCCUGGAGGACCUGGUCCUGGCACUAGCCACAGAGGUGUCGGGCGACUUUCUUUUCUACUGUGGAGACACACACGGCAGCUUCGUGGUCAGAACUCUGCUGCAGGUCUUAGCAGGGACCCUUCUGGAGUCAGAGAGAAGCAGGGCCCGUGGGUCCCAGUCAUCUGAUGCGCCAAGGGCCCCAGCUUGGGAACGGAAGCCGACUGAUUUUGAGGUCCCUGAAACCUUCUCGAAUUGCCUUCAGGACUUGAUCGCCUGCUUUCUGAAGGACAUUGCUGUGUUUAUCACCGACAAAGUCUCCAGCUUCUGCCUUCAAGUGGCCUUACAGGUCUUACGUCACAGAUGGCCCCAGCUCUGUGCCCAUCUCUGCAGUGCAGUGAUCGGCUACCUGAGUACUCGCCAGGCCUCAGCAGAUGGCAGCCCACUGCUGCUGUUUCUGCGGGAUCAGACCAGCUCCAGACUCCUGGAGCAGGUGCUGCUGGUGUUGGAGCCCCCAAGGCUCCAGAACCUCUUUGGGGAUCACUUCCAGGGGCAGCUGCAGGCUCUGGCUGCACAUCCCAUCGCCAACUUCCCUCUGCAGCGCUUGCUGGAUGCUGUCACGACUCCUGAGCUGCUGACCCCUGUGUUUGAGGAGCUGAGCCCUGCCCUGGAAGCUGUGCUGGCUAAGGGCCACAUAGGAGUGGUCGUCGCCCUGGUGGGAGCCUGCCGCAGAGUGGGGGCCCACCAAGCCCAGGUCCUGCAGCUGCUGUUGAAGGCAUUCCACUGCGCAGAUCCCUCAUCCCGGCAGGUGGCCUGUGCGCCUCUCUUUGCCACUUUGAUGACAUAUGAGGUGUACUAUGGGCUAGCGGAGGAGGAGGAGGACGCAGUGCCUGCGGAGCAUCAGGUGGAAGUGGCCGAGGCCAGGCCCCUGGGGGAAGUGACAGUCCUUGGGUCCCUACUGCUCCAGCAUCUGCUGCACUUCUCCAGCCCUGGUCAUGUGCUCCGGAGCCUGAGUGCCUUGACGGGGCCACAGCUCCUGGCUCUGGCCCAGAGCCCUGCUGGCUCCCACGUGCUCGAUGCCGUUCUCACCAGCCCCGCAGUGACCCGCAAGCGCCGCCGCCGUUUGCUGCAGAUCCUAAAGGGGCAGUACGUGGCCCUGGCCUGUAGUCGCCAUGGCAGCCGUGUGCUCGAUGCCAUCUGGAGUGCAGCAGCCUUGGGGGCCCGGAAGGAGAUUGCUGCCGAGCUGGGGGAGCGGAACCAAGAGCUGCUGAGAGACCCUUUUGGCCACCAUGUGGCUCGAAACGUGGCCUUGACUACUUUCCUGAAGCGGCGAGGGGCGUGGGAACAGCAGCAGGGGGCUGUGGCCAAGCGGAGGCGUGUCCUGAAUUCAAUACUGGAAGACUGAGCCUUAGCAUCUGGGACUCUGUGGAUAGGGCGGGUGGAGAGGGGGCACCUGCCCUCUCCCUUUCUCGGUUUGAAUUAGAGUCAAAGACUCUCAUCAGUAAAUAUUUUUUGUCUUUUUA